AUUUUUGUUUUUGACUUUCUAUUUAGACCCUUAUUUUUGUUUUCUAGUGCUUACAUUACUACUUAUUAGUUUUAAUGAAUCAUGCAUUUUUGAAAUAUUAAGUAUUAAAUUAUAACAUUCAAUAUUAUUUUUAAAAUGUGAACGCAUUUCAAGUACAGAAGACUCAAGACUAUCUCUUUCGCUACUACGCACGUCAUGUCAUUGUUCGCUCGAAUUUAUCGUUUAUUUACGGGUUAGUCUUCUUCACUAUAAAUUGUUGUGCGCGAUUGAAAUACAAUUAGUACCUAUGUAUUUUUCGUCGUAAACGUGGUUGAGCGACAUUUUAUACGAUGGUUAAAAUGAAGUUGUCAUGUCUCUUUCUGUGCGUUAUCGGGUUCUCGAUCAUUACAUUGCUGUGCUUGUAUCUCCCCGACAAGCCAAUAGCGUACAACAUUAGUAGGAUGUCAGCACUCAAUGCCAGUAUAUUACUUGGCAGCCAAUCAGUUCAAUUGUUUCAGACCAAGAAAAAUGAAGAAGUAGUCAUAGCUGUUGUGAUUUGUGGAAAUCGUACAUCUGAAGCACUAGUUAUGAUUAAAUCAGCAAUUGUCUUUCGAGGUAAUUCAGAUCUGAGAAUUGUCGUGAUUGCUGAAAAGAACAUUCAACAAGAAUUUGAUGAAACUUUACGAGAUUGGAGACUAUUGACUAAUGAUUCAUUUUCAUACGAGAUUCAUAGUAUUAUUUUUCCCAAAGAACACUCUGAUGAAUGGAGAAAAUUAUUUCAGCCAUGUGCAUCUGAACGUCUUUUUUUGCCAUCAGUUUUAAAUCAUUUGGACUCAAUUCUCUAUGUCGAUACUGAUACAUUAUUCUUAAGCAACGUGGAAGAUGUAUGGAAACAUUUUGCUCUAAUGAAUUCUUCCCAGUUGGCUGCAAUGGUACCUGAACACGAGGACUUGAAUGUUGGGUGGUACAAUAGAUUUGCCAAUCAUCCAUAUUAUGGAAAAUUAGGAUUGAAUUCGGGUGUAAUGUUAAUGAAUCUCACACGUAUGAGAGAAUUUGAUUGGAUAAGUCGACUUGCGCCUGUUUUAGAAAAAUAUAGACUAUAUCUUACUUGGGGAGAUCAAGAUAUUAUAAAUGUUAUUUUUCAUGAUCAUCCAGAUAAGGUUUAUGUAUACCCAUGUCGAUAUAAUUAUCGUUCUGACCAUUGCAUGUAUAUGAGUAACUGCAAGUCAGCUGAAGAGGAUGGAGUGGCAGUACUUCAUGGAUCUCGUUCUACAUUUCAAACAAACAAACAGCCUGCAUUCCGAGCAUUAUUUACUGCCAUGUCCCAAUAUCAACUUGGUAGUGAUCCAGUUAAAUAUCUCUUGGAGGCAUCUGCCAGUCUACUGAAUGAGACUACGUCAACAAAUUGUGGGCAUCUUGCUCCCAUAUUUACUCAUAAUAUGAGACUUAUGUUUCAAACAGUAUGACUAAAUCAAUAUUCAAACAUUAUUUAUGAUAUCAACAAAAAAGUAGCGAAUCACAUUUUAACCUGAUACUGUCUUUUAACAAACCACUAAGUGGGCAGUUCGCUUGAAUAAAGUUGUGAUAUAUAUACAAUGGUUUUGAAUCAUGAAGUAUUAAAAAUAUAUUUAUAUUAUUUUGAAUUAAUUUAGUGAAACUUAAAACAAAAUAAGAUCUCAAAUAAUUUAAAUAUUUUUCUAUUGAUGUAUUUUGAUAUUUUAUUUUUAGUUGAAACAUGAUUUAAAAAUAUUUUUAUCAUAUUGCCUUCUAGUAGAUACUACAAUAUCUACUUAAUACUACAUUACGACGUUAAUACCAAAUUCAGAAAUUUUUUAGUCUUUAAAAAUGUUUAUUUAUUUUUGUUAAAACUAUAUAAAUUUAUUUAUUAUACAAUAUACAUAUUAUAAGUAGGUACUUAUAUAUUUAAACACGUCAUAUUUUAUUUUUUAUUAAUUGGAAAUGUAUAAGUAUUUCCAUUUUUAUUAUUUAUAUUAUUGUAUUCAUAAUUUGUUUUUAAAUACCAAAUAUUACUUUUUUUGAUUUUCAAAAUCAAUGAAGUAUUAUUAUUAUUAUUUAUAUAAAAUCUCUUUUAAUGAUUCUCGAAUUUUUUAUUUUAUUAAUAAUAUUCUACUUAUCUUUAACUGUGAUAAAUAAUUUUAUUUGUACAUUUUUAGUAAACAGAAGUCUAUUAGAUAUAAUUUUGUACUUUUACUUAACACAUCUUUAUUAAUUAAUUGUUUAUUUUAAUUAAUCAUUAUAUUUUUUAACAAAAUU